GGAUUCCAGCGCUCUACGCCGGCUAACAAGGACCGUGAGCUCCAGCAGUCCACGUCUCCCAUCUGACUGGAUUGUUUGGUGCGCCCUCCUAGACCACAGGCGCGGGGAAAGCAUCUGUUUUGGCCACCGUCUCUCCCUCUCUCUCAGAGCCUAAACCACUGCCAGGCACGCUUGGUGCUUCAUCAAUGCUGAAGAACACCACAAUGAAUAAUCAUUAAAUACUGUAGUCCGAUUCCAUACACAGGGGGCCUGCCCUUUCCGCCGCCAGCCUCAGUUUCCCGGAACCUCUAGAAAAGCGAAUCUAUUCCAGCACAAGGAUACCGCGCUGUCUUUUCCUCUUCCCCGGCACGUCGCCCCCAGAAAACCCCCAAAGUCCGCCCUCGGGUCUCCGCGCGGGGCCCAGAGACGCGGCGCCUACGGCAGCCAGAGAAAGGAACCGAGCCGGGAGGCUGAAGCGAGCCGGAGGCCGAGGCUAGCCUGGGCAACAUGGCGAGUCCCGGCUUCAGGAGUCAAGACAAAAAGCCAAAACUAAACAAAACGAAAACACCGUGAUUAACUUCCACUCUGGGAAACGGAGAAAACUGACCGUGAGCUGGGAAACUGUCUAGCGUUGCCCACUGCGCGCCCUGCCAACCAGCGCCCUCUGUCGGCCGCGGGCUGUCUCCCGGCGACGCUGGCGGGAUUCCGGCUUCACGCCGGAAGCCGGCACAAAAGGAUCCGCGGAACGGAAAUGUCCUUUCCCUAGCGUUCCUACCCGGAAGUGUUUUAAUUCGCCGGAACCGACUGGCUUUUAAGAAGGCACCGCGGGACUACGAUUACGGGAAGGGAGGGGGAGGCGAGCGGAAGUUUAGGCUCGCGCGCUGAGCGGAGAGCACCCUGGGAGCGGAAGGAAGCGGGCCUUCCGCAGACUCUGGCCCGGUAGCCCCCGAGCUGUGUGGCGCGGAGCGUGCUGGUGCUGAAAGCCUCUGGUUGCCGGCUUCGUCGUUUCUGCGCGGAGAUCAGAAGUGGUGGAGAUCGCGGCGUCGCUAGCGAACCCGAGACCGCUGGUGAGCCAUGGUGAAGAGAUCGAGGCGGCGUGGAGCGGCUCAGUGGGCCGCCAUGCGGGCCAAAGCGGGUCGCACCGCCGCGGAUGAAAAUGAGGACGACUUAGGGUCGCCGCCCUCUCCAGGGGACUCCAGCUACUACCAAGACCAGGUAGAUGAGUUCCAUGAAGCGCGAUCUCGGGCAGUCCUGGCUAAGGGCUGGAACGAAGUCGAGAGUGGGGAGGAGGAUGGCGAUGAAGAGGAAGAGGUGCUACCUCUAAAUACUGAUGAUGGAGAUGACGAAGAUGGAGAGAGUUCGGAGGAGGAGGAGGAUGGCGAGGAUGAUGACGGUGGGAGCUCUGUGCAGAGUGAGGCUGAGGCCUCUGCGGAUCCUAGCUUGUCCUGGGGUCAGAGAAAAAAGCUUUAUUACGAUACAGACUAUGGUUCCAAAUCCCGAGGCCGUCAGAGUCAGCAAGAAAUAGAAGAGGAGGAAAGAGAGGAAGAGGAGGAGGCACAGAUAAUUCAGCGGCGCUUGGCACAAGCCCUGCAAGAAGAUGAUUUUGGAGUCGCUUGGGUGGAGGCCUUUGCAAAACCGGCGCCUCAGGUAGACGAAGCAGAGACUCGGGUUGUGAAGGAUUUGGCUAAAGUCUCGGUAAAAGAGAAGCUGAAAAUGUUGAGAAAAGAAUCACCAGAGCUCUUAGAGCUGAUAGAAGACCUCAAAGCCAAGCUGACAGAAGUGAAGGAUGAGUUAGAGCCCUUGUUACAGAUGGUGGAGAAAGGGGUCAUUCCACCUGGAAAAGGAAGCCAAUACCUGAAGACUAAGUAUAACCUCUACUUGAACUACUGCGCCAACAUUAGCUUUUAUUUGAUCUUAAAAGCCAGGAGAGUACCUGCACAUGGACAUCCUGUUAUAGAAAGGCUUGUGACCUACAGAAAUCUGAUCAACGAGCUGUCCGUUGUGGAUCAGAAACUGUCUUCCGAAAUCCGACACCUCCUCACAGCCAAGGAUGGUGCUGUAAAGAAAGAACUGAAGCCAAAAGCAAAAUUGACCAAAACCAAGUCAAAGCCUGUAAAGCAGACUGCUGCUCGUGCCGACCUGACUGCUGGUCCUGAUUUGGAUGAGGCUGCUCUAAAGUACUCCAAGGAAAUGGAAGACAGGCAAGAGUUGAAGAGAAAGAAAGAAGAAAGUGCUGAAGAACAGGCUCUCGAAGAGCAAAAUGCAAAGAGAGCCAUUACCUAUCAGAUUGCUAAAAAUAGGGGACUUACGCCCAGGAGAAAGAAGAUUGAUAGAAAUCCCAGAGUAAAACAUAGGGAGAAGUUCAGAAGAGCCAAAAUUCGGAGACGGGGCCAGGUCCGUGAAGUUCGCAGAGAAGAGCAGCGGUACAGUGGCGAACUCUCUGGCAUCCGAGCUGGAGUUAAGAAGAGCAUUAAGCUUAAGUAAAGUUGCUCUUUGGCCGAGCUUUUGGCAAUUAUUUUAGGUCAAUAAAAGUGUUUUGGAGUAAA